AUGGAUAGAAAUUGGAUAAAUCAUAAGGGUAUAAGUGAUAGAAGAAAGCCGGAUUACAUUAAGGGAGUUAAUGAGUUUCUAGAUUUUUCUUUUAUUAAGAUAGGGAGAUGUGGUAAAAUACGAUGUCCAUGCAAUAUUUGUAUGAAUGGAAAAUUUCAGACGCGAGAAUCUGCAUUCAACCAUUUGAUUGUUUAUGGAAUAUUAACUGAUUAUAGGAAAUGGUCUUUUCAUGGAGAAGAGAGUGACGAGGAGUUAGAAGACGAUGAAGAUGAUUUAGAGGUUGAUGAAACAAUUAAAUUGGUUCAUGAUGUCACUAAUGUUAGAGUGUCAGAUUUUACUUUUAGGGAAAGCGAGAUGUGUUGUGAAAAUAUAGAAAAUGAUGUGCCUGAAAAGUUUUCCAGAUUAAUGAAUGAUGCUGAUAAAGAGCUCUUUCCUGGUUGUAAGAACUUUUCAAAGUUAGAAUUCAUUCUACAUCUUCUCCACAUCAAGUGCAUCAACAGUUGGAGCGAUAAAUCCUUCACCAUGUUACUUACACUGUUAAAGAAAGUAUUUCUUCAUGAUGAGACAUUUCCACAUAAUUCUUAUGAAGCAAAGAAGUACAUGCGAGACCUGGGAUUAAAUUACAAUAAGAUUCAUGCUUGUAAAAACGAUUGCAUCCUUUAUCGGAAAAAUUAUGCAAAUGCAGAAAGUUGUCACGUGUGUGGUUGCUCUCGGUGGAAAAGUAAUGAGGAUAAAACUGAUAUUGAAAAAUCAAAGGCAGUUAAAGGAAAAAAAAUUCCUAACAAAGUCUUGCGUCAUUUUCCGCUAAUACCAAGACUUCAACGGCUGUAUAUGUCCUCAAAGCUAGCAUGCCAUAUGAGAUGGCAUAAAGAAAAACGUUGUGAUGAUGGCAUUUUGAGGCAUCCAGCUGAUUCAAAGGCUUGGAAAACUGUUGAUCAGACAUAUCCAAACUUCUCAUCAGAUCCACGCAAUAUUAGACUUGGUCUAUCAACAGAUGGGUUUAACCCAUUUGGAAAUCUAAGCACUUCAUAUAGCAUUUGGCCUGUCAUAGUAGUUCCAUAUAACUUGCCACCAUGGAUGAGCAUGAAAAGUGAUUUUUUGAUGUUAUCAUUGUUGAUCCCAGGGGAUAAAGCCCCGGGAAAUAACAUUGAUAUUUAUUUGGAACCUUUGAUAGAAGAGCUAGAAGAAUUAUGGGAGGUUGGUGUUGAGACUUAUGAUGCUUUUAGUUCAACUACUUUUAGUCUACAUGCAGUUUUAUUGUGGACUAUAAGCGACUUUCCGGCUUAUGCAAAUUUGUCCGGUUGGAGCACAAAAGGGAAAUUGGCAUGUCCUUCUUGCAACAUCAACACAUGCUCCCUCCAACUGAAACAUGGCCAUAAGUAUUGCUACAUGGGGCAUCGUAGGUUCAUAGAAGCUAAUCAUAAGUGGAGGUUUGAUAAAAAAUCUUUUGAUGGUAAUGUGGAAACGAGGGCUGCUCCUAAACAACUCUCAGGUGAUGAUAUCCUUCGUCAAUGGCAUGGUUGUGAGAAUAUUGUUUUUGGAAAGCUGAAUAAAAAAAUAAAAAGAAAAAGGAAAAAUCAAAGUUAUGAACAUGAACUGAAAUAUAAUUGGAAGAAAAAAAGCAUAUUUUUUCGACUUCCGUAUUGGAGUAAGCUUCUUAUUCGUCAUAACUUAGAUGUGAUGCAUAUUGAAAAAAACAUUUGUGACAGUAUAUUAGGAACACUCAUGGGGAUUGUUGGAAAGAGUAAAGAUACUGUGAAUUCUCGAAUCGACAUUGAAAAACUUGGUAUUCGAAAGGAUUUGCAUCUUGUACCAAAAGUAGGGGGUAAAUAUGAAAUGCCAGCAGCUGCAUACACUUUAACAUUGCAAGAAAAAAGAGCGGUGUGUGAGUUCUUAUCGAAUGUGAAAGUUCCUGAUGGGUAUUCUUCUAAUGUUGGCAGGUGGGUUAAUGUAGGAGAGGGAAAAAAAUUUGGGAUGAAAAGUCAUGACUGCCAUGUGUUUAUGGAAGAUCUAAUUGGUCCAACUUUUCAUGGUAUCUUGAGUAAAGAAGUAUAUGAGCCAUUAGUUGAGAUGGGAAUGUUCUUUAAGCAAUUAUGUUCGAAGUCUUUAAAGAUGGAGGUGUUAGAGAAAUUGGAAUAUAAUAUUGCAAGAACUCUUUGCAAACUUGAGCAAAUAUUUCUGCCAUCAUUUUUUGAUAUCAUGCCCCAUUUGCCUGUGCACUUAGCAGCUGAAGCUAAAUUGGCUGGACCUAUCCAAUACCGCUGGAUGUUUCCUUUUGAAAGGUAA